AUGGGGAGAUCAAAGGAUGUCGAGACAUGCUGGGGAAGCUUCACCUGGGGCUUGCACUGUCAUCUGAACUGCGACGUGAGGGCAGCUGUUGAGCGUCACAAGGAGGUGGGCAUGUGUGUAGGACACGACUGCAGCAGGCUUGACACUGGUGCUGUGCACCACGGACCAGCUAGGGGAGCGCAGGGUGAUGGCCGCCAAAGCCCCAGGAGAGUGGAACUCCUGAAUGAUUGGUGGCCCCGCCAGUGGGCUGGGAGGUUUUCUCUGGGGCCGACCAGCCCCCGUGGUAUCUUUGGAUACUUCUCCUCUGAAGAAGAUACUCUUGCUUCCCAGAUGGAUGAAGACAAUAUGAUUUUCCUUGUUUCUAGAAAACAGCGAGUUGUCAUUUCAGGUAGUAGAAGACGGGAUGUGAUUAAAUGCAUCGUCAAGAUCCCUCAGUUGGAUUUACUAAUAACAGCUUCUCAGAAAGGAUUAAUAACAGUCUUUAAUAGCCAGAUGAAGGUCCUGACCAGCACCAAUGUUACAGAUACCUCCUGGAUCACAGGAUGCGAUUACCUCUCACAGCUGAAAAGAAUCGUUGCCACUACAGAAAGGACCAUCGUUGUCUGGGAUUAUAAAGCUCAAGGCAGUGGCCAGGAAAACUAUUUUGUCAUAAGGCCCAUGGAUCACUGCCUCCUUUGUGUGUGCGUGGUGUCUCUGCCCGACCAGGUCUGCCGGGAUGACAUCCUCCUGGGGGAUGACGGUGGAUUCAUAAACAAAUUCACAGUAAAUAGUGAGGACUUUGGACUGAAGCAAGCAAAAUCCAAAAAAAAAUUACAAAACCAAGUCUUAGACUCCAAAAACUUUAAAAGUGUUAAAAGGAAGUUGCAUAAUGACUGGGUUAUGAAAAUUAGAUACAUCACAGCCCUAAGUUGCUUUGGAUCCUGCUCCUUAGAUGGCGUUCAUUCACUGGUUUUGGAAUCCUUGAAGAGACUCGAGGAUAAUUUGCCUGUCAGGGAGUUCUCCAUGCCAAGAGGAGCCAACACGUUUUGUUACUGUACAAAGGCCAACGUGAUUGUCACCGGAGGAGAUGACAAGGUGCUUCGGUUGUGGCAUCCUAACAUCAGCACUAAGCCGGUGGGGAAGCUUGUGGGGCACAUGUUCAGCAUCACCGAGAUUGUAACCAAUGAGAAGGAGCAACAUGUCAUCAGCCUUUCCUCUGCAAAGGUUUUCAGGGUGUGGGAUAUACAGACUCUUUCACUACUACAAGUCUUCCACGACAGCCAGGGAGGGCCAGGAGACAUGCAGAUUUAUUCUAUGGUAUAUGACUCCAAUAAUGGCAUGCUUAUUACAGGAUCUAGUGUCAUGGACAUGUAUCCUCUGACGAGGAUGGUACAAGAUACAAAACAGAUUCCUCACACUCAUGAACGAGAGAUCAAUGUCAUGCUUUACAAUGGAUAUUUUCACCAAGUCCUUACUAUCUGUUCUGAAUCCAUAAUCAAGGUAUGGGAACUCGAGACUGGCCUCCAAAUAUACCAGAUUUUAGACCCUCAUGGCUUCAGUGUUGAACUGACUUCUGCAGCUAUUGAUGAAAGUGGAUUUCUUUUUGCCACAGGAGCCCAUAACGGAACAGUUAAAAUCUGGGACUUUGGCAGUGGGCAGGAGAUGAAAACGUUGCCUGAAGGGAAAGACUGGAAGGAAGAAGAACACUGGCUAAGGCGCCUGAUUUUCCUGAAAGCUCAGGAAAAACACCAGUACUUGAUCCUUGCCUUGGAGCAAAACGGGAAGAUCAAAAUGAUCCAGGGUAAGGAAGAUGAUAUGUGCCUCAUGGUAAUAUGGGAGUUGCCCAAUGUCAUGCCUAUCAUACAAAAUGGGAUUCACACUGUGCAUCUGAGGACAUCUCCCCAAAAAAGGAACAUGGCUAUUCCUUUCCCAGAUGUUGAGUUGAUAGAGAAAAACUUUCCUCAAUGUGCUAAUAAUCCUGACAUCAGUAUGGAAGUGAACUGCAUUGAUUUAUUGCAAGUUGAAGGAUAUAAUUUGAUAGCUGCAGGAACCUUAAAUGGUGUGAUUAUCUUAUGGAAUUUUGUAAACUCUACUGUCAAAGAAGUGUACAGACCUGAAGAUUGCUUCAAGGUGGACCCUGAUUUGGAUCCCAAACGCUUUAGAAUCAAUGACAUACUGUUCCUCUUUCGAACCCCUGAAUGUGCAAGGAGAUCAAGUCAGGAUUCCGUGUGCUCCUCAUCACAAUGUGAUUCUAGUAAAGGUCCACAGAGCAGCAAGGGAAGCAAACAGAGCAUACAUGACACAGAAGUUAAAGGUGAAAACACUGAUGUCACAGCAGGCCAGCAACAUCCAGCUGACAAAAAACACUCUGCAAGCACCAAUUUAGUAGAAGCUCAGCCCCCUAUCAUUGUUUCUGCUCAUGAGGAUGGACAUCUUCGCUUGUGGACCAUGGAGGGAAAGCUACUGAAAGAUAUGCUGCCUUUCACAAAACAUUCUGCCAUUUCUCUGACGUCGCUGUAUACUGAUUCAUGUGCCAGGUUACUUCUGACUGGAAAUAUGGAAGGACAUGUUAUCCUUUGCAACAUCGGUUCCUUCCUGGAUCCACCUCACGAUGAAAAGAAGUUGAAGCAGCUGCUUGCCUGGCGUGCUCAUUCUUUAGAAAUUGUUCGAGUAAUCUACAUAGAAGACAAACAAGUGGUACUUACUGCCUCCAUCGACGGCUCAGUAAGGCUCUGGCAUGCCUUCAAUGGUCAUUACUGUGGAUAUUUUGGACAGCGAAGAAUGUUUGAAAUAUCACAAACAAGUGAUUUCAUUUUGCCAUGUGAUGUUAAUGAAUAUCCCAUAGAAAUAAAAGAAGAAAACAAAUUCACAGAGAAGAAGCAAAAAUAUGAAUAUCCUCUGGUAUUUGACCAGCAAAAAUGGAGAAAAAUGAGUUCAAUGUCUUUGCUUUUCAAACGCACACCUCCCAAAGCCUUUGAAGUGGAUCAUGAUUUUAAGUUUUUCAAGUCUCUUUCUUCUCCCAAGAUUCGAAGACAUGCCUUAGAAGGAUUCCUGGCAGAAAACAGAGAGGCAGGAAUUGUUUUCGGCUCUCUUCCUAUAUAUAGGGUACCAAGCCCCACUAGCCUCAGAUUUCUUCCACUCAUUGGUUCAGAAGCACAAAGGGAAUAUUCAGAUGUCAUUCCAGGAAAAAAGAAGGGAGGUCACUUUCAUGAUAAGAGUCAACGGAAGAGAAGUCUGAAAAGAAAUUUGGUCCCACAAAUAAAUCUGGCUUCUUCCUUCUUCCCAACCAUCAACAACUGAAGAGAAUAAAAUCAGAUGUGGCUGCAGUGGCCUGAGCUUCACAUGAAUGAUACUCCAGUCUUUAUUUCAGGAUGAAAAGUCAAAUAUCCCAGACACUGUCACCCAUAUCUGUAUCCUCAGGCCAUCCAUCAAUGAAGAAGAUUGCUCAUGGAGCCUAGGUGGCCUCAGCUCUAAACAAGGAAGCAGCAAGCAGCCAGUUAGCCAAUUUCUUUCAUACAUGGAAAUCCACUUAAUGAAUAGGGAAUGUUUCUUGCUUACUGUCAGCAGCAUGACACAUAAAGAAACAAAGAGUCAAUAGCAUAAGCAGAUUGAAAAUAAUAUGGUUAUCAGUGAUCAGCUUUUCACCUCUCCCCCCUUGUUCACCCUAAUUCAUAACCAGAAUUAUCAGAAUUUGUGUCAUCCUAUGUGUUAUAUUAAAAAAAUAUUAAAAAGAAAAAUGUGCCA